CAAAUUCCUGGCUGAAGAAAUCACCAAACCAAAAGUUGGUCUUCCUCUGAUCGGAACUUGUGAAGCUGUAAAUGGUGAUGUUGCCCCAUGGUAUGACAAGUCCUACAAGAAUUUCAAAUUAUUUGGAGAGCUUCAAUUGAAAAUGCUUGAAUACUUGACAGAAGAUCUGACCAAUGCUAGAAUGAUGAAUGUUUCAGCAUAUUCUUUAGCUAUUUGGUAUUAUCAUCAUCAUCCAUCUUACCUCAGACAUUUCACUCAAGGUCCUUCUUUUCCCAUGCCUUUUGAAUUGUGUAUUUGCAUAGCACAUACUGGGCAUUGUCCAAGUUUAGAUAAAGCCAAAGCUCACAUCCCAAAAGAAAUCAUCAAACACUAAUCUGGGAAUGCAAAACUGAAUUGAGGAAGAUGACUCCAUCUCAAGUUGAUCUAAACAAGGAUAGCAAACAGUUAACAUGAGGAAUCAGGGUUCUCAAAGCUGAAAUUGGGCCAAAAAUACAGCACAUAAAUACUCCCAUACAUACACAAAUACACAGAUUUUUUUCCAUGUGCUAACCCAUACCUGUGCAACAAAACCCAUUCUAGAUGCAUACCCCCACCUACCCCCACAGAAAAACAGUGUAUGUGUUGUAGAGAUGUCAGAAGGUACCCGUUUGCGGGUACCUGUUUUCCAAAGCGGGUACCUGGAAACAGGGGCAGGUGUCAACAUUUGGGGUAAAGGUACCCCCCUUUCACCCUCCCUG